GAUGUUCGACGACUUAGCUGGCAAUAUUCAAAUUUAUUACGCCAAUUUGACCUGGUUCUACACUUUCAGCAUGAUCAUCUCGUGUCUGGCUGUUGGCAUAAAUUUCUGGGGGCGUUCUUUUUUCGAUAUAAAGCAGAAGGCAGUAGAAAAUAGUGAGCAUGAUGCGAAGAUGGGAUCUGAGGCAGAGCGCUGCAGUUUGCAAACUCAGUACAAACUGGCGAAACAGAAAUUGGCUGAGAAACACCUCACGCCGGAGCAACGUUCGAUAGAGAAAGAAGCGGAGGCACAGCAGUUAGCAGCCAUCCUAAAGCUGCUCCAAGAACAAAGCGAUACCUUUCAAGUAUCUUCAAUGGAACAGCUUGAAGAUCAGCUCAGGCUGUACAGAAAUUAGCGAGUUGAAGAAAUUUUAUUCGCAUCACCAAUUGAGAAGCAUAGACAAAAAAUUUGACGUUUCGAUUAUGUAAAUUCUGUAACGUCUAUGCGUGUGUUUGUAUAUAGAUAAGGCAAAAAAAUGUUGAUUUUCAAAUUUCCUACAAUAUUUAUCGAGACGUUUUUAAAAUGUGUUGUACAAAUUCUAUGAGUAAGAUCGUAGAUUUUUCAAGAGGCUUUUUUACGAUGUGCAAUAUUUCAAGAUAUAAAUUAUAAUUCAUAUGACGCGUGUAUUGUACAAUAUUAUUAUUCAAUCUGGGAUAUAUUAAAAUUAGUCAAAUACGUGGUUGUGAUUAAAUAUUAGGGUUUAGUUAUUGUGUCUAUACAUUGUACUGAUUAAAAACAAUUGUAAAUAAAUGUGACAAUUAUACAA